CCGCCGUAAUAUAUGUUUCGGAGCUUUCAACAGACACAAAGUAAACAAUAAAAUUUGAAGUUGGUGGUACCAAUUAUCCUAGAAUCUCUCUCUUUAAUUGGAUAUUUGCAUUGUGAAAUUAUCGUCUGCAAUUUUAAGGGGAAAAAAAAAAAAAGAGAGAAUCCAUUUGGGUUGGAAGGCCGAUUAAGUGUAUUGCCUUUAUAAAUUAAGGGACACCAGAGCCGGGCAUUUAUUUAUUUAUUUAUUUUGCGAAAGAGCCUGGCAUUUAUUUUGUACUUUUGCAAAUAGAUACUCUCCAAUUAAUGCUUCUUGCGUCUCCUCUGAAUUCUCUGUUCACUUCCUGUUGAAUUUUACUUCCACCGGCUUCUUUCUUUGCUCUGUCUCUCUGCAACUUUUCACAACGCUUAAAUGUUUGGGUUGUGUUACUGUGAUUUUUUAUUCAUUUUCUGCAAGUGAGCUCCCAAAUUCUGUUCUUUCUUGAAAUUCAUUGAGUUUGGAGAGUUGGGUUUGUGUUUUUCCUAAUGGGUACUGCUUCUGCUGGGUACCCAUCUGGAAUUACUUCCCAUUACCGUGGAAAGUUUGGGGCUUUUCCUCAAAAAGUCGAGUUCAUUGGCUCAAAUUUUCCACUUCAUGUGGAAUUUCCGAGAAGUAACUUGUACCCAAGUUCUGUUUCCACCACGACAUCCAAGGAAAUAGUGUGUAUAAAAUGUUCUCUGCCUGAUAGUGGCGAAUUUUUCUCUGAUGAAGUCUCGACACCCAUUCUUGAUUCGGUUGAAAAUCCUAUCCACCUGAAGAACUUGUCUCUUAAAGAACUGAAACAGUUAUCUGAUGAAAUCCGUUCAGAGUUGUCAUCAAUAAUGUCAAAAACAAGAAAGUCUUUUAAAGCUAGCUUGGGAGUAGUAGAGUUGACAGUUGCCAUGCACCAUGUUUUCCAUGCUCCUGUGGACAAGAUACUAUGGGAUGUUGUAGAACAAACCUACGUGCAUAAAAUUCUAACAGGAAGACGGGACCUCAUACAUACAGUGCGACGAAAUAAUGGUCUUUCUGGUUCUACAUCUCAAUCCGAAAGUGACUAUGAUCCAUUUGGGGCAGGGCAUGGGUGCAGCAGUGUUUCUGCUGGACUUGGCAUGGCAAUUGCACGGGAUAUUAAGGGAAAGCGGGAACGUAUUGUCACAGUCAUCAGCAAUGGGUCAACAGUAGCUGGUCAGGUCUAUGAGGCAAUGGGUAAUGCAGGUUAUUUGGACUCAAAUAUGGUAGUAAUUUUAAAUGACAGCAGGCACUCUUUACACCCAAUGAUUGAGGAGGGCCCCAAGACAGCCAUUAAUGCUCUGUCUAGUACCCUAAGCAAGCUCCAGUCAAGUAAAUCAUUUCUGAAGUUUAGAGAAGUUGCUAAGGGUGUUACUAAAAGAAUUGGUGGAGGUAUGCAUGAAUUGGCAGCUAAAGUUGAUGAGUAUGCACGUGGUAUGGUCGGUCCACUAGGAUCAACUCUUUUUGAAGAGCUUGGAUUGUAUUACAUUGGCCCUGUUGAUGGACACAACAUUGAAGACCUGAUUUGCGUUCUACAGCAAGUGGCAUCACUGAAUUCAAUGGGUCCUGUUCUGGUCCAUGUGAUAACGGAAGAAAAUCGGGGACUGGAAAACAACCCAAAGAGUGGGGUGGCAUACAGGCGGCAGGAAGGUUUGAGUAAUUCUGAUGAUUUACCGUCCAAAGUUCGCCCUAGAACUUAUAGCGACUGCUUUAUGGAGGCUUUGGUUAUGGAGGCAGAGAAAGACAAAUAUAUUGUGACUGUUCAUGCAGGAAUGCAUAUGGAAUCAUCAUUUCACCUAUUCCGUGAAAGAUUUCCUGACAAAUUUUUUGAUGUGGGAAUGGCUGAGCAACAUGCAGUUACUUUUUCUGCUGGUUUGUCACGUGGAGGAUUAAAGCCAUUUUGCAUAAUUCCUUCUGCAUUUCUACAGAGAGCUUAUGAUCAGGUGGUUCAUGAUGUAGAUCGGCAAAGAAUUCCAGUGCGUUUUGUCAUUACAAGUGCAGGAUUGGUUGGAUCUGAUGGUCCCUUGCAAUGUGGGGCAUUCGAUAUAACAUUUAUGUCAUGCUUACCAAAUAUGAUUGUCAUGGCACCGUCCAAUGAGGUUGAGCUUGCCAACAUGGUGGCCACUGCAGCCUACAUUGAUGAUCUUCCAGUUUGCUUCCGAUAUCCUAGGGGAGCCGUAGUUGGGAUGGAACAUUCUAUAUGCAGUGGGACCCCUAUUGAGAUCGGAAAGGGGAAAAUUCUCACAGAGGGUAAAGAUGUGGCAUUGCUUGGAUAUGGAUCAAUGGUUCGGAACUGCCUUAAGGCUCGGUCUCUUCUUUCAAAUCUUGGCAUUGAUGUAACAGUUGCUGAUGCAAGGUUCUGCAAGCCCUUAGACAUCAACCUUCUUAGGCAGCUUUGUCGAAACCACUCAUUUCUAAUCACGGUCGAGGAAGGCUCUAUUGGAGGAUUUGGAUCUCAUGUUGCGCAGUUCUUUGCGCUUGAUGGACGGCUUGAUGGAAGCAUUAAGUGGCGACCAAUUGUUUUACCGGACAACUACAUUGAGCAUGCAUCCCCAAACGAACAGCUAGCUAUUGCUGGGCUGACCGGACAUCACAUAGCUGCAACAGCGUUAAGUCUGCUUGGCCGAAAUCGUGAAGCCCUCCACUUAAUGUGCUAAGCACCUGCACUUCUCUGGCAUUUGCACUGAGACUCUGCUGGUUAGCCGAAGAAAGGGAAAGACAGAUAGAAGCUCAAGCAGCCUUAAUUCUACCAAUGUUUAGGAAAUUUUUUCCCGUCCCUAUUUGUAUAUAAGUGCUUCUCACAAGUUUUUGAUAUAAUUGUACAGCGGCAAUGUCACAAUGGAAAUGCAUGUUUGUUGAUAUGCAUUAAGAGUUAUACUCUUCAGCCCAACUAAAUACUUUAGAAAUUUAAUAUCAUGUUCUUAGAUCUACUGUAAUAAAUUGAAGAUUUGCAA